UUAGGGGAGAUAUUAUGAGGCUGUUGUCAUUAGGGCGAUCGCUGUUGAAUCACUGAAUCCUGACUCGGCGGCGGCGCGGGGCCGGGUGUGUGUGAGUGCGUGUGCGUGUGGGGUGUGUGUGAGCGCGCGUGUGCGUGUGCCCGCGUGUGCGUGUGAGUGUGUGUGCCCCCGUGCCUCUAUGUGGCUGUGUGUGCGUGUGCGGGUGUGGAUGCGUGCGCGGUGCGUGUGCCCUUUCCUCCCUUCUUCCUCCCUUUCUUUCUUUUCUCCUUGAUUUAUCUCCCCCUCUCCCCGGUCAUCCCAUGGUGUUCAGGUCCCCGCUAGAGCUUUAUCCCACCCAUUUCUUCUUGCCAAACUUCGCCGCCGAUCCGCACCACCGCUCCCUCCUUCUCGCCAGCGGCGGCGGCGGCGGCAGCGGCAGCGGCUCGGGCUGCAGCCCCGGUGCCGGCGGCGGUGGAGGCGGCAGCUCCCGGGCACCCCACGAAGAGUUGUCAAUGUUUCAGCUGCCCACACUCAACUUCUCCCCGGAGCAAGUGGCCAGCGUCUGCGAGACGCUGGAGGAGACUGGAGACAUAGAAAGGCUGGGGAGGUUCCUCUGGUCGCUGCCGGUGGCGCCGGGGGCAUGCGAGGCCAUCAACAAGCACGAGUCCAUCCUCCGCGCCCGGGCGGUGGUGGCCUUCCACACGGGCAACUUCCGAGACCUCUACCACAUCCUGGAGAACCACAAAUUCACCAAGGAGUCCCACGGCAAGUUGCAGGCCAUGUGGCUCGAAGCGCACUACCAGGAGGCCGAGAAGCUAAGGGGUCGCCCGCUGGGGCCGGUUGAUAAAUACAGGGUGAGGAAGAAGUUUCCGCUGCCCAGGACCAUUUGGGAUGGCGAGCAGAAGACGCACUGCUUCAAGGAGAGGACUCGCAGCCUCCUGAGGGAGUGGUACCUGCAGGACCCUUACCCCAACCCCAGCAAGAAAAGGGAACUGGCUCAGGCCACGGGGCUCACCCCCACGCAAGUAGGCAACUGGUUCAAAAACCGAAGGCAAAGAGACAGAGCGGCGGCGGCUAAAAACAGGCUCCAGCACCAGGCGAUAGGACAGAGCGGCAUGCGGUCGCUGGCAGAGCCCGGCUGCCCGACACACAGCUCGGCCGAGUCUCCGUCCACGGCGGCCAGCCCGACCACCAGCGUCUCCAGUUUGACAGAAAGAGCCGAGACGGGCACCUCCAUCCUCUCGGACAAGCACGAUUUCUCCUUUGCGCUUUUCCAUGGACGCAUUUCACCCACUUGCAUGAUGAUGAUGAUUAAAUUUGUAUCUGGGAAAAAAUAUUCUCUAUAGUAAAGGAAAACAAACAGAAACCAGACAAACAAAUGCAAACUCCGAUCGAAUUUGUACAAAAAUCAAAAAUAAAAAAAAAAUUAAAAGGAACUCCUUGAAGAGGGAAAUAACAAAUGUUUAUCGCCUUUUUGUUGGUCCUAUUUCUCUUUCUCUCUUCCUCUCUCUUUCUCUGUCUUUUUUUUUUUUUUUUUUUUUUUUUUUUUUAGUCCGAGUGAUGGUCCAGCCAAGAUGCAAUUUUCUGUUUUUUUGUUCCGCAGACAAUCAUUUUAUUCGUAAGCACCUUUUUUUCUACACUUCUGUCACUGCCUGUGUGGGUACUGGUUAUAAAUGUGGAAAAAGAAUAGUUAUGACUGUAACAGAUUUUUAUUUUUAUUUCAAAAUUUUAUAUGAAUUAUGUAUAUCUUAAUGAUGCGGUCAUUUUCCCAGUUUGUAAUAUAUGUGUAGAAAUGCUUGUAUAUGAUAUUUGCUCUCCUCUUUCUUCCUCCCCUCUCUCUAUCUCCCUCCAGCCCUUUCUCUCUCUCUCCUUUUUAUUUUCCUUGACUCGGUGUUCCUUGCACAAACUUAGCCGUCAAAAUCUGACGUGCUAGGUUUCCAAAAGGGACCUCAGCGAUAGAAAAAAAAAAAAAAAAGAAAAAGAAAAAAAAAAAAGCUUAGGGUGCAACUGUAGUUAUCUUAUGCAAAACCUAUUUUGAGUAUUUCAUAGCAGCUUUGGGGGGUCUCUUCUUAAACUCCACGUAGGACGCUUAAACUAUUGUUUCCUUAACUGCGUGUUUAUCUAUAUGUACAAACUUUCUAAAUCAAAUACAGUAUUCCAUUUUCUUAUCUA